AUGCCCAUGCACCCCGUCACUUCCACUUUGAUGUACCGCGGAAUCUGCACCAUCCCGGACAUCCUCUCGUACGGGACACCGGUCAACCUACCUGAAGAUGAAGUGGAGGAGAUUCGGGAAGCCUUUAAGGUGUUUGAUCGCGAUGGGAACGGCUUCAUCUCGAAGCAGGAGUUGGGCAUGGCCAUGCGCUCUCUGGGCUACAUGCCCAACGAAGUGGAGCUGGAGGUCAUCAUCCAAAGACUGGACAUGGAUGGAGAUGGCCAAGUGGACUUUGAAGAAUUUGUGACACUCCUAGGGCCAAAGAUCUCUGCGGCUGGGAUGCCUGACAAGUUCAACGGUACAGAUUUUGACUCCGUGUUCUGGAAGUGCGACAUGCAGAAGCUCACCGUAGACGAGCUGAAGCGUCUGCUUUACGAGACGUUCUGUGAUCACCUGACCAUGAAAGACAUCGAGACCAUCAUCAUGACGGAGGAGAACCACAUCGAGAACCCUGAGGACUGUCAAGUGGACAUCGACUCCGAGAGUCCGACACAGCAGGUGAAACAGACGUGCGUAAGGAAGAGUCUGAUCUGCGCCUUCGCCAUCGCUUUCAUCAUCAGUGUUAUGCUCAUCGCAGCCAAUCAGGUGCUUCGCAGUGGCAUGAAAUAA